UAUUUUUUGUGUUUUUGGUGACUGUCUAUACUUUGGCUUCGUUUUCGUAAACCAAUUUACAAUUAUUACAUAUUUUUGCUAAAAACUACAUAAAAACGAACUUAAAAUGAAUGCGCCACCCACAUUCGAAUCAUUCCUACUGUACGAGGGCGAGAAAAAAAUCAUCAAAGAGCUGGACACAAAAGUGACAAAUGCAGCGAUUUUCACCAUCAACAAGGAGGAUCACACUCUGGGCAACAUGAUCCGCAACCAGUUGCUGAAGGAUCCCAAUGUGCUGUUUGCCGGCUACAAGGUGCCUCAUCCGCUGGAGCACAAGUUCGUCAUACGCAUUCAGACCACAGCCGAAUAUUCGCCGCAAGAAGCUUUUAUGAAUGCCAUCACCGAUCUGCUAGCCGAGCUCUCCCUGUUUGAGGAGCGUUUCAAAGAUGCCAUCAAAGAGAAAAAGGAAGGCGGCGAUUAGUUGUAGCAGUUUUUGGGAAUUUUACAAAAA